AUGGCGGUGACGCAGCUGCUUAAGCUGCUCCUCCAGUUGUCUCCAGCCCUGUCUGAGCGCCUGCGUGUCUUCGAGUCUCUCAGAGAACAAAGAGACGAGAACAGGAGACAUGAAGUUAGAGAAAGCCCUCUCUCCGUCCGCCUCACUAAUGGACAGACGGUAAAGGGAACAGCUGGAGUAACCACACCGCGUUACGUUGCACAGAGUCUGAGGGUGAAAGGAGCCCUGGUGUGCAAGGUGAAUGGGGCGCUGUGGGAGCUGGGGCGACCUCUAGAGGCAGACUGUGAACUGCAGCUUCUGGGAUUUGACUCGGCUGAAGGGAGACAGCUGUCCUCCAUCACGCUGUCCAACCAGACGGAGCCUAGCGGCUUAACGCGUCUGCUAGGUGUUGCGUUUCCAGGAGAGAAGGACAGGGAGGAGUGGGAGAGGGAGCAGGAAGAGGCGCGGAGGAGAGACCACCGGCGGAUAGGAACAGACCAGGAGUUGUUCUUCUUCAACGACGUGAGCCCUGGCAGCUGCUUCUUCCUGCCUAAAGGAGCCCACAUCUACAACACACUCACUGACUUUAUUAAGAGCGAGUACCGAAGGCGAGGCUUCACCGAGGUCGUGACCCCGACUCUUUACAGCACCGCUUUAUGGGAGCGCUCGGGCCACUGGGAGCACUACAGCGAGAACAUGUUCACCGUAACCUCGGAGGGCGCUCAGACCUUCGCUCUGAAGCCCAUGAACUGCCCUGCACACUGUCUCAUGUUUGAGCAUCGGGUUCGCUCGUGGCGGGAGCUUCCUCUGCGCUGGGCCGACUUCGGGGCUCUGCAUCGUAAUGAGCUGUCUGGAGCUCUGGGAGGGCUGACUCGCGUCCGGAGGUUCUGCCAGGACGACGCACACAUUUUUUGCACACCGGAGCAGCUGGAACAGGAGAUUGUGGCUUGUUUGGACUUUGUUCGGAGCGUCUAUCAAGUGUUUGGGUUUUCCUUCCACUGCUUGCUGUCCACACGUCCCACUCCGUGCCUGGGGGAGCCUGAACAGUGGGACCACGCCGAACAGUCGUCUCGUGUGUUUCUGUCUGAGCAGCAGCUGGAGAAGAGUCUGCAGCAGUUUGCCGAACGUUGGGAGCUGAACCCUGGAGACGGAGCUUUCUACGGACCAAAGAUCGACAUCCAGAUUAAAGAUGCGAUUGGCCGACAACACCAGUGUGCCACCAUCCAGCUCGACUUCCAGCUGCCCAUCAGAUUUAACCUUCAGUACGUCGGACGAGACGGACAGCUGCACAGACCAGUGAUGAUCCACAGGGCUGUACUGGGGUCACUGGAGAGAAUGAUCGCCAUACUGGCUGAAAACUUUGGAGGCAAAUGGCCGCUGUGGUUGUCUCCGUCUCAGAUCAUGGUGAUUCCUGUAGGGGGCAACAGUGAGUCAUACGCUAGACAGGUGGUCACGACGUUCUGCAACUCCGGCUUCAUGGUGGAUUUCAAUGACGAUCCAGGAGCCACCUUAAAUAAGAAGAUUCGCUCCGCUCAGCUGGCCCAGUACAACUACAUAUUUGUGGUGGGUGAUAAGGAGCGUGAGAGUGGAGCAGUGAACGUAAGGAGCAGAGGGGGCAAACAGUUGGGCAGCAGACAAACGGAGGAGGUGCUGAGGUCCCUCAUACGUCUACGAGACACCAGGAGCAACCGAGAGGAGCUUUAA